GGAAGGGGGAAAAGUGGGAUUAUUUCCUCCCACUGUUGUCGCCUUGAAUGCUGCCCUGCUCUUCCUCAUCUUCAUCAUCAUCAUCAUCACCAUCGCAGAUGGAGGGAUGCGAGGAGGAGAGAGACGCGCACGUGCACACAGAGUGCGGCCGGCUGACGGAGGAGAGGGACGAGGCCGAGAGGCAGCUCAAACACAUCAAGAGAGUGUCUCAGAUGGUGAUCGAGGAGGUGAGCGUCCUGCAGACUCAGCUCGAGAUCGAAAAGUCGUGUCGAGAGAAUGCAGAAGCCUUGGCAACAAAGCUGAACUGUGAGAACAGGAAGUUGAAGUACCUCAGUCUGUCGUCCAGACCGUGUUUGGACGAGCUGCUGCCCAGCAUCACCGACUGUAUCGCCAUGGAAACAGAUGGAGACGGAGCCGACGCCCCGGACAACAGCCCGGACACCUUCAUCCAGUACCAGCAGCAGGUCAAAGACUUAAGGGACACUGUGAGCAGUUUGUUGGAGGAGAAGAAAAGUUUGCUGAGUCAGCUUCACGAGCAGCAGCGUCGGAUAGAAGAACUGAGCUCUGAGUCGGAGAAGAACCAGGCGGAGAUGAAGCAGCUUCAGGAAACGGUGGAGCAGCAGAGUAAAACCAUCAAGAGAUUCAACAGAGUCUCCACGAUAGCGGCUCAGGAGUUCGAGGGGAUGAAGGACCAGCUCGACCUGGAGCAGAGCCUCCGAGUCAAAGCAGAGACGUACGCACACGAGAUGCUGGUGAAGCAGAAGGAGGCGAACAGACAGAGCAUGCUCCUGCUGCAGAGCACCGAGCCCAGCGUACAGCUGCUCAAAGCUCUGGAGGACGUGGCCGCCAUCACCAAGACUCUGGAGGAGGAACGGCUGCAGCACCAGCAGGAGGUGGAGCGGCUGGAGGUCCGUCUGCAGCAGAGCGGCGUUCAGGAGCAGCUGCAGGUUCUGCAGAGACAGCUGGAGCUGCUGGAGGAGGACAAGAAGGAGGUGGAGGGACGACUGGAGCAGGCCGAGAAGAGGAACCAGGAGCUGGAGAGCAGAGUCCACGAGCUUCAGGAGACCCAGGACAACGUCGCCAUGACGACCGACACGAGCCCUCCCCCUCCCCCUCCCCCUGAGCCCGGGGUCGCCCCGCCUCCUGCGCCUCCUCCUCAGCCUCCCCCGCCCCCUCCUCCUCCCCCUCCCCCUCCCCCACCGCCUCCCCCCUCCAGAUGCAACCCCCUCAGCUCGCUGAUUGCCAUCAUGAGGAAGUCGUCCAAAGGCUCCAAAGCUUCAGUGAAGGUGGAGCAGCCUCCAGCUGCCGAAGGCGUGGACGACGUGAAAGUGAAAGCUGUGAACGAGAUGAUGGAGCGAAUCAAACACGGAGUCGUCCUGAGGCCGGUCAAGAGCCAGGAGAGCAAAAGACCUGCUGUAAAACCUCCGGUCAGCUGUGAGGAGAAGCAGCAGGAGAGCGCCAUGGACGAGCUCAAAGGCAUCCUGGAGACGGUGAAGCGCAGCCCGAGUCGAGGCUCGCAGGAGUCCGGCCCGUCGCCUCCGGGACCGAAGAAGGACAGCGAGCUGGAGGUCAUCCUGAGGCGGAGGCGCAACAAGGCUGGAGAGCCGGGAUCGGGAGAUGAGCGUGAGGGCCACAUGAGCCACGUGUCGUCCUCAGACAGCCUGAGCGGGAGACGCACCAGCAGCGACUCGGGGAAAGAGCCCGACGGCUCCGGGGCCCUCGGCGUCCCCUGCGACCCGGCGGGGCCCGGCAGGAUCAGCCCGGACCGGAGGGGGUCGGGCCCGGGGCCCAUCGUGGCUCGGAGGAAGAGCGCCGACGCCUCGGCCAAGCAGAGGCGGUCCUGCAGCUCGCUGUCAGAGAGGGACGCCGUCCAGAGCCCGCUCAGCAACGGCUGCAUGAACAGCGUCGGAGACGAGGGUCGGCCUCUUGAGGAGAGCACGUCCAACGGAGUUGACCACGCAGAAUCCGCAGAGGACGCACACGGCGAGCCGGUGAACGGCAGCGCCGACGCCGAGUGUUAGGACGAGCCCCGAGGAUCCUGGGAUCGAUCUCCAGGAGGCCGACGUGUACAUUGGGAGUGAUAAGACGGAUCCCACGGAUUUGGUCAACUCUGAUAUCUUUGCCUUUUAUUCACUGGGUCAGAGUCGACUUUGUUGUACUUUUGUAUUUGUGUUUCUUAGACUUACACUAACAGUUUCCGAACAACCACUGGAGCACCUGCAGAGGAAUCCUACAAAUACCACGACAGAUGAUUUAUUAACACCGGAUUUAUUCCCAGUAAAACUUCCUGAACACACAACGC